CCAUGCCGACUAUGAUUAUAUGGACAAUGCUAUAUUUUUACUUACUUUAGGGAAAGCAAUUAUACAAUGCUGCUAGGGAUGGGAUUAUAGAGGGAAUGAAGCUUGCCCUAUCCAGGGGAGCAGAUAUUAAUUGGAACAAUCCCAAUGUGGGUAACUGGACACCAUUGCAUGUAGCAGCUUCUAGGAACAAGGUUCAGUCAAUUUCCUUCCUGAUCAAAGAAAACGCUGAUAAGAAUUGUGGAGACAAGCUUGGGCAGACUCCUGUUAUGUUGGCUGCAAGGUUUGGACACAAAGAGUCAGUGAGAGCACUGUUAAGUGAAGGGGCAGAUUAUACUAUUACUGAUAAUACUGGCAAUACUGCAAUUGAGUUGGCUUAUAAUUUUCCUCGUGUACUGCAAGUACUAAAGGAGUAUAGAGGAGUCCUAGAGCUCUCUUGUGCUGUACAAAAAUACGCUGCAUGCGGCAAGUAUGGAUCCGCGAGUGAAGUGGCAAGAUUAAAAUUAAAAGAUCCUUCAUUCUUUCUCAGCGAACAAGAACCAUACGCAGAAUUAUGGAUGGGAACUCAUAUUACAGGACCGUCUAUAAUAUCCUACCCGCCAUCAAUAAAUGGGCUCCAAUUAUCAAAAUGGAUACCUGAUAAUCUGUUUUUUCUUGGUCAGAAAGUGGUAAUACUGAUUCUCCUACUAGUACUGUACCAGUAG